AUGUACAAUGAGUUAAACAAAUUAACAUCUAUAGAAAAUGAAUAUUUGCAAAAAAGUGGAAAAAAAAGAAGACAAAAAACUAGACCAUUUUAUUUAAUUUCAAGCGAAGAUGAAACUCAAAUUGUAGACAAUUCCAUCGUCACAAACAAGGAUAGUAAUACUGCAAAUAAUCCAAUUUCAAAUAAUGUAGAAAGUUAUUACAAAAGUGAUGUGCAAGAAGAAGAUCCUUAUACUCUUGAAGUUAUACGACAGUUAAGUUCGAUAAGAAUCGAUUCAACCACAGAUUCUUCGAAUGGUAAGGAUGUUCAUACUAUCAAUCGAGUCAGGAGGAAAAAAGAGAAAAAAAAAGAAAAAAAAAGAAAAAAAAAAAAAGGAAAAAAUAAUAAAAUUAUUCAUCACAUUCCAAGUGUAGAAUGUGUAGAAGAUGCCAUAAUUUAUGAUGAAUCAAAGGAUACAGAAUUUCCAGAUUUACAUGAACUUUUUUCAGAAUAUAAUUUGAAAUAUUUUUAUAAUAGAUUAGAAAGUGUGCAAGUAAAAUGGAGUAAUAAAAUGAAAUUAUGUGCUGGAAUAUGCAUAUUUAAGAAGUCUGGAUACUGCUGUAUUAGACUAUCACUCCCUUUACUAAAACUUCGAAAAAUAAAAGAAUACAAAGAAACAUUAUUACAUGAAAUGAUUCAUGCCUUUUUAUUUUUAAAUCAAAAAAAAUCUGAUAAAAACGAUGGACAUGGCCCUGAAUUCAAAAAGCAUAUGUACAGAAUAAAUAAAUUGGCAGGUCUAAGUAUAAGUAUAUAUCACAGUUUUCAUGAUGAAGUUCAUUUUUAUCGAAAUCACGUCUGGCGAUGCACAGGAAUUUGCAGAAAAUAUCCCCCACAUUUUGGAUAUAUAAAGCGAUCCAUGAAUCGUCCACCCGGGCCAAAGGAAAAGUGGUGGAGGAGCCACUCGACUUACUGUUCAGGAUAUUUUGUAAAAAUUAAAGAAUUGGAGGAUUCUAAAAAUGGUGGAGAAAAUGCAAAUAAACAAGUGCCUGAUCUUAAUACAACCCUAGAAGAGAUUAGUAUCCCACAAAAAAGUAAAGAAAAAAGUCAAGAAAAAAAUAUAGAUGAUAGAAAAAAUGAUACCAUACAAGCGGACGAUGUAAUGGAUGAUUCCAUGUUCAAUGAUACAAUAAUAAUAACAGAUUCAAAUAAAAAAAAACUGAGAAAAAAAGUAGAUGCAUAUGAUAAUGAGUUUGAUAUAAUAAAUCUCAUUAAAACGCUGUUUAACAAUAGUAAAGAAAGUAAUAUUCAUAAUUUUUCAACUCCCGAUAAUUCAAUAGAUUAUCAUAAAGCAUUUAAAAGUAAAAACUAUUUUGAAAUAGAUUAA